UCAGAAAGAAACAUCAUUUCAUCCCCAGUUACUCCUAGUGCUGUUUUCCCUGUCAAAGCAUGUGGUCAUCGCCAGGAGCAAAUAUUGAUAACAACAACACGAGCAACAGUAAAGUCUCUGGCAAUUCUCCUUCAAAAUGCUUUUCCUCUACAUGUUCUUCUCCUUCACCUUUCUCUCCUUCUCCUCCAAUACCAAACCAAUCAAUGAACGGAGCCUCAAUGGAAGAAGUUUGGGAUGACAUAAACCUAGCUUCUCUUCAUGAUCAUUCAAAUACUAACACAAGCAGCAACACCAACCACCAUUCUUUUAAUGGUAUGGUCUUUCAAGAUUUCUUGGCUAGACCUUCCAAUAAAGACACAUCAACAAGGGCUGCCUCUAAGGAACCCUCCUCUGGCGGGGGUAACAGUUUCUUGAAGAACUCUUUAGGGCCACCCCCAGCUACCAUGCUGAGUUUGAAUUCUGGGUCUGAUCAUUUUCAUUAUCUGGAAAGCAGUAAUACUGUCCCUGUGAGGCCAAAUCCACAAAUGCAUAGUCAUGCCAAUGGUGGCACAAUAAGUUUUGAUUCUUCUCUCGAUUCCCCCUUUGAUGCCUUGGGUUCUUCUUCAGUGUUCCUUUCCAUUUGCAAAAAAAGGCCUCAAGAAAACGGUGAUGUCUCUGGCGGCGAUCGGAGGCACAAGCGCAUGAUCAAGAACAGAGAAUCUGCAGCUCGGUCCCGGGCUAGAAAGCAGGAAUCUUGCUCUCCUUUUGAAAAUUUGUUUUUAGUGAAAUUUAAUGAUUAUAGAAUGUUAAUUUUUUAUCUUUUACUAAUUUUGCAGGCUUACACAGUUGAGUUGGAACGUGAAGCUGCUCAUUUAGCACAGGAGAAUGCCAAGCUUAGAAGGCAGCAAGAAAGGUUCUUGGCAGCAGCUCCUGCUCAGCUACCAAAAAAAAACACCCUCUAUAGAACCUCAACAGCUCCAUUUUGAGAAUUUAUUAAUCCCACUUGCUCUUUUCACCCAUCUUUCUGGCUUCCCAAAUUUUUCCUUAAAGGAGAGUGAGAUGUUUCCAAUGUAAUAUUGCAAUGGGCUUUUGCUGUUGUGUUAGAUACAUCUCAAUCAAGCGGCUGUGGUGACAGGAGAACAAACAAAAGCUAGGAAAGUGGUAAGGACAAAAUAAAGUUGCAUGGAUUGGAAGCCGCAGGACCAGUGGAGGGUUCUUAUUUUUGUUUGCUUUAACUAUUCCUCGACUCUCUUGUCUUCUUUCCCAUUUCUGCUUUUAUGCUUCUUCCCACUAAAGACGCUGUGAUGUUGGGACAGAUAAAUGCCGAGGGAAAUAGCAUUUUCUAGUCUUUUUUGCCUAUAAAUAUGCAUCUCUGUUUGGCUAUCGUUA